AUGCUCGGCAUUCUCAAAUUCCAGACCCUUCUGAUGGUCGUUCUGCUAUUCAUCUGUUCCUGCACAUACCUCCACGGAGUAUUUCCAGCAUGGCUAGAUCGGAACAAGGCUGGACCAUUGGGCACGUUCUGGCGUGCAGCGCGAAUUGGCGAAAGAUUAAGUCCAUAUGUUAGCUUAUGCUGUGUCGCUAUGGCGGUGAGUGCCUCAUUACAGGCAAACAUGAUGUUAUUUUGA